GCCCCAUGUCACUCAAACUCAAACCCUAUGAAGUGAUUUCUUUCCACCCUUGUUUCCUGACCAAAAUACCGAGAUUAGCACCUUCCAGAGGAAAAACAUCGCAUCGUGGCAUACAACAACGUCAAUAUGUCAAUUGUCCUCGCAUCUUGACAAAUCGGCCACUCACCACGGUCAGGACUCUUGUCCGAGGCAGUCCACGUAUCAUGUGUUCCAGACCAUAUUCCAAACCUGCUGACACAAAUAUGCCGCAACUAUCAUUCUCCGAAGGAGGCCUUCACAGAGCGGUCAUCAGCUUCGGCAGCAACUUGACAAAGGAGAGCAGAAUAACCAACAUUGAAUCAGCACUGAAGCAUAUCAAGGAUUCAGGACUUCAAAUCACCAAGACCAGUCAUUUGUACGAGACCAAACCCAUGUACUACGACGACCAAGAGGCAUUUCUGAAUGGCGUCUGCGAGGUCGAAACGACCCUCCCCCCUCUCGACCUCCUGGAUCUCCUUCAAGGGAUUGAAUCUCGACUAGGAAGAGUCCGCUCGAUUCGGAACGGACCAAGAACCAUCGACUUGGAUGUUUUGCUCUAUGACAAUGACCACAUCAAACACGACCGCCUCCACGUUCCACAUCCCUUAAUGCUAGAAAGAGAAUUCGUGCUGAGGCCCCUGUGCGAUAUACUACCAGAUCUAAUCCUCCCACCCUCAUUUUCUCCAAAUGCCUCGACCCGCUCAAUCCGUCAGCAUUUCGAGUCUCUAACCCCAAAAGAUCCAACCAUGUCGUCCGUCACAGUCAUGGGAAUAGGUUCAGCCCACGGCCAUGGUGGUCUUAUUCGAUCACAAGACCCCAACCGCCGCACCUUGGUCAUGGCUAUCCUCAACGCCACCCCCGAUUCUUUCUCCAACACCAAACUCUCCAAUUUCGAAUCCUCUCCCAGUGCCAGGCGUCAACAUCUGGACCAGAUUAUCACUGCUGGACUCGACAUCCUCGACAUUGGAGGCCAAAGCACUCGCCCGGGCGCAACUUUUAUCAGCGCUGAAGAAGAGCUGGCCCGAGUCAUGCCGUGGAUCACUGCCAUGAGAGCUCAGUCUUGUCACGCUGCCAUUCCCAUCAGCGUUGAUACCUUUCAUUCUCUUGUUGCCCGAGAGAGCAUCCGUGCAGGGGCAGACAUCAUUAACGAUGUAUCCGCUGGAACCUUGGACGAUAGGAUGCUCGCCACUGUCGCUGAGCUGGGCAAGACUAUCAUUCUCAUGCACAUGAGGGGCAAUCCGCAGACCAUGACCACUCUAACCGACUACCCCGAAGGCGUUGUUACUGGCGUCCGUCAAGAGCUGGCACAGCGUGUCAAGGAUGCCUUGGCCGCUGGAAUAUAUCCAUGGAGAAUCAUCCUGGAUCCGGGCAUCGGUUUCGCCAAAGACGAGGGUCAGAACUUGGAACUCCUUCGCCAUCUACAUGUUCUGAGGAAGCCCCCCUUAGAUGGCAUCGACGACUUAUCAAAUUUUGCAUGGCUCGUCGGCACCAGCCGCAAAGGGUUCAUCGGCAAAAUCACAGACAUCUCGGAACCAGACCAGCGACAGUACGGCACCGCUGCAACUGUCAUUGCCAGCAUUGCCGGUGGGGCUGAUAUGGUCCGAGUUCACGAUAUCUACCCCAUGGCCCAGGUAGUAAGGAUGUCUGAUGCAAUCUACCGCCGCCGAGACUCGUCCUAUAACACCAGGCCUGCCAGCGCCGACGACCACGGGGCUGAGUCAGAUACCUCUUCUUUCGUACUCGGCGAUCAGCAGAUUGACGCAGCCAAGAAUUCGAAAGUCAAAUGAACAAGAUCGCUCAUGACCUGUAUCUCAUUUACCGCUAAUUCGAUGUAUGCCUGUCUCGGGUU